UAACGAUGAUGACGAUGAUGAUUAUAAGUAUGCCAAUGCGGGUGCUAGCGGCAGUAGGAGCAUCUGGGAGCUCGACAGCGCAGACAGGAGGGGAGCCCGUUACGGGAAUGGAGACGGGAUAUCAUGACAUUGGCGACAGGCGGGGAGAGAGAAUGCUUGAGGCAGGCCCGUCGGAGGGAGGCCCAUCGCCUGCUUUCGACAUCACAAGCACGACUCUUCUUCAAGAUUUCCGCGUGGUUUUGACCCCUACUGACUCUGCAUGUUCGCCAUCCGGUACAAAGUCGUGUCUUUCAUGGGUCAGGAGCGUGGUAUUCACCUCCCAGAGGGCUGUGUUCUUCUAUUUGCGCGAAGAUAGAUCGCUGAACACUUCUGCAAGUGCUCGCAGAGAUUCGGUGAAGUCUGUGCGCAAGGGUGAUUUGCGAGGUAUUGCCAGCUCUGGGGACGCACAAGGCAACUCCUCCCUGCUGACUCUAUCGUGGACGUCUGAACAUCGGAACGGCACUGCGGCGAGUGCUGCUGCUUGGAACCUGGGGACAGUGGGGAGCGAAGACGGACUUGCUUACUCCACGGGGUUCGAUCUGUCGCGGAACGAGCGAAAUCUCGUGAUGCCUACUCGUUGGGGUCUGGCCUUCAUCAACAACACGGACGGUUCCAGACCUACCUAUCCCUAUCUGAUCCCCGACUUCCGGUGUAGAUUCGCUGCAUUCAAUCCUAACCGCACGAUUCUGUACGUGGCCAGAAAUAGAUGCCUUGAGUUCUCCGUCAUGGAUGGCGAGUCGCCUGAAAGCUUUGUCAACGAUUUCAGAACAAGAGCAUGCCGUGAUGACAGCUAUCUCUCCUUCGGUCAUCGAAGCUUUCUCCAAGAUGGGAGCUACCUAUACGCUAGGGAUGACACGUACCAUAAGAUUAUAGGUUUUAACCUGAUUAAUGGAUCCGUGGACUGGGUAACUGGGACAUACGAGGCUGGGCAGCAUAACUCGCUCUAUGUCGGUGCCAAUACCUGGGAGGCGAAUCUUGCGCUGACCCAAGACGGCUGUAACCUAUUCUUCGCCGCGGAUUGGGACACAAAUAUCCGGCGGGUGACUUUCGAUAAACCCGGAGACAAAGUGCAUAUGAUGGAGACGGUGGCAAGAUGCGUCCUCCCAGGAGGAUGCGUUAUCGGGACCGUUGCUUUAGAUCACGAUGACAGCCAUUUGUACGUCUCGAUCCAGACGGGGCAGCUGUUCGAAUUUCCAAUCAACAAGCAAGCUCUUGGGCAAUGCAGCGGUGCAUUUCCGACACCAGCAGCAGUGCUGACAGCCAGUACCUCAGCCUAUGAUUCAUCGUCACCGCCAUCGCCGUCAGAACCGUCGACAGAAUCAUCAUCAUCGCCAUCGCCAGCGCUAUCAACGGAAUCCGCUCCAUCGCCAUCGUCGUCAGAACCUUCGACAUCAUCAUCAUCAUCAUCAUCAUCAUCAUCAUCAUCAUCAGCAUCCGCAUCAUCAUCAUGGCCAGAGCAAUCAACUGAUGCCUCUCCAGCAACGGGAUCAUCCUCUUCGCCGGGACACAAUGGCAGUGAUACACGUGUCAGCAGUAGCUUGGCUGACAGGUCUCCACGGUCUCCGCCGGCAACGGCCCAGACUGCACCUAGGAGAGGUGUCAGCGCCGGGGUAGCGGUUGGUGUCGUUGUGGCAGUUGGUGUGAUCUGCUUAGCUGUAGGCGAUGAUCUGACCAGUCCUGAUGGUGCGAUGCGGACUACACCUCCCACACAACAAGCACUCACGGGGGAUUUCAAACCGUUGGAAGUGGGAGGUCGUUAUGAGUCUAUGGAUGCGUUGCGUGAUGCGGUGGUGUUCUGUGUUGUGGCAUCUGGUUUCGAGUUCUGCCUGAAGAGAUCGAACAAGACAAGGUACAAUGUCAUAUGUGCUAACCCAGAUUGCCCAUGGUCAUUGGAGGGCAAAGCAGCACAUGCUAAUGGACACACGGAGAUUGUUCGUCUGACUCCGCAUCGCCCUGGUUGUAGAAAACCAGUCCAGCCCGGCCUGAAACGCAACAAACACGCAAAGCUGAGCUGGGUGGAGCUUAUGGUUGAGAAGAAGUUGCGAGAGGACAGCGGAACGACUUCCACGAAGUUGAAGAAAUGGUUUGACAAGGCAGUGAAGACCCACGUUAGCUACAGCAAGUGUUUCCGAGCGAGGACAUCUGUGCUUCGGACACUGAAUGUGGCUCCGGAGGAGGGGUUCAGCGACUUGCGAAGGUACUGCAGGGUGUUGCAUGAAACAAACCCAGGGUCCAUCAUCGACCUUGAGUGCAAGGGCAACGUCUUCGUUCGCAUGUUUUUCGCGUUGGCCGCCUCUGUGACUGGGUUUGCACAUCGCACACACAUCAGAGGGAAAUACAAGGGAUGUCUUCUUGACGCCACUAGUCGAGAUGCGAAUGGCCAAUGUUUCCCCCUGGCGUACACGAUUGUGGAUGGCGAGAGGAAGACACAUUGGAAGUGGUUUCUCGUCCUUUUAAAACGCUUGUGCGUUGUAGCGAAGACGGACCACAGAAUCGUGACAAUAAUGUCAGACCAGGACAAAGGGCUCAUACCAGCGGUCAGUGAGGAGUUUGGGGAUGAGCGGAUGGAUACUGUGUCCGUUAUUCACCGUCCAUCCACUCAUGUUGCAGCAGCCAUCGCGGAACGGAACGAGGAUAUAGCAUGGUAUGUGGACGCCUUCUACACCAUGAGCGCCUUACGAGCAUCGUAUGAGGAUGUCGUCUUCCCGACGUGCUUCGCAAGUACAAGAACGUCCAUGGACAGUGAGGAGACCGUUCUCCCUCCCGCGACGAAGCGCCAAAAAGGGCGUCCUCCUAAUGAAAGUCGAAUCAAGAGUUGUCUUGAGAAUGGGAGGGUCAGCCAGCCAAGGGCAGACAAGCAGAGGUGUUCGCAAUGCGGGCUUACCUCCGUUACCGGCCACAAUGUCCGCAAAUGCAGGACACCAAGGCCAGCUGGAGGAGUGCGUCAUGGCGACGUGGCGGUGGCGGCGAAUGUUGUGCCUUCGCGUGACCGUCCAAACCGAAUGCGUUCUUACGAGCGAUUUUGGACCGAGCAUGAUCAUCUAGGACUCUUUAACUCUCAUGUAGUGGAGGACUUUGAAGUAUAUGUGACAGAAGCGCAUGAGCAUGAGGGGUUGUCCGACGAGGACAACGUACAUCGAGAGGAACACGACACAGACAAAGGGGUGGGCAAAGACGAUGGCGAGAACGAGAGCGAGGACAUGGACGGGGACGAGGAUAACAACAAUGCGGAGGAGGGGGAAGAUGACAAAAACGAGGAGGAGGGGGAGAAGGAGCAGAUUAAGGACUCGAACGAGGACGGGGAUGGUGAAGGCGAGGACAACGAUAACAAGGAUGGACAAGACGAAAAGGACGAAGAGGGGGAUAAGGAAAACAUGAAGGACUCGGACGAUGACAAGGUCGACAAGGAUCGACAGGAGUUUGUGGAGAGAGAAGGAGAGGAGGUGGAUGCUGACACCGACAGCGACAACGGCGACGACGAAGAGGAGAAGGAGACCGUGCAUGAUGAGUUAAAGGAUGACAAUGAAAAGGGGAAAGAUGUGGAGGUGGAGGUCGUGGAUCUCAGGGGGGCUGAUAACGAGGACGAAUGGAUCGAAGCUGAAGACCUGGAAACGACAGAGCAGGAGGCUGGCAAGGUGAAUCCCGUGAGUCAACCACGACCUUAACGUAAGCGAAUACCCAACAACCGAUAUGAAGGUGUUGACAUCCUCGAUAACUCGGGCAGAAGGGUGCGUGCACGACGUUCAGACUUGUGGCCACAUUGGGAAUGAACGAACUAGUAGACAAGGUGUGUGUGUGUGUGUGCACUGCCACCCUCAGCAAUGUGAGCAUGCAGCAAGGUAAAUAAUGUUGUGCUUGCCCACCUAAAAUUUUGUGUGUGUGUUUUUUUUUUUUUUUUUUUUUUUUUUUUUUUUUUUUUUUUUUUUUUUUCUUUUUUAGUUAUAAAUUUGAACAACAACAGCCCCUGUUCCACCCUUAUGAUUGAAGUCACUGUAGCUUGACCGUCCAUUACGGACAAUGAAGCACUUGUGCAAUG